AAAAACUGUUUUCAGAUGCAAGGUUCUACUUCAAACAAGACUGGUAGAACAGGAAAAAUUGGUUUUUGCCGUUGGUUUCAUCCACCAACCUGCUUUUCAAGUCCCUUUUCCCCCAGAAUGUGUGAUAGAUACUGGCAGAGCGAGAAUUCUCAUUUGUAAAGAAAACCGCUGAAAAGCAUGUUCUCCGUCAUUGCUGGAAUAUUAUCCGUACUCAAAAUUAUUUCAUUGAUCCACAAGAGUCAUUGCUUUAUACAGUCACAGUUUUUCUUCCAGACUGUGUUUCGUCAAAACAAUAUAAUUGUAUCACCAACAUGAUCGCGUUUUUAUUCUUAAAAAUAUCGGAAACGGAAGUUGCAGAAUUGUAACGUCUCUGUAAAGAGGAGAUUAUACGAACGAAUUUAUAUUUCCUACAAUGAUAUUUUAAAUUAGGUUCACUGUGGAUAAUACAUUGUUUUUUUUAUUUAAAAUUAUUAAUUUUAAAUUCAGAUUUUUCUUUCGUACUUUUAUAUUGAGUCAUUAUCGCCCAUGUUGAAUGGUACUUGAAGAUAGCGUUGGUAAAUCUGUCAGGCUGUGUGGCGUGUUCCUUGAAAGAUGGUAUUGAGGGUAACAUCGUCGAUAAGUCAACAUUUGUCUUUAAUUUAUGGAGUUAAAUGAGUGGACGUUUAUUUUGUCUACGUCAUCGCGCUACGUUUGGCUCCUCUCCGCGAAUACAGGCUUUGGUGAGAGUCAACAAACAUGGCGCCCUGGUGACGGGGACAGACUCACUGAAUGUUUGCAAAAUGAGGCCGCGCUGCUGCUGGAUCGGGCUCCGGAGAACCCAUUUGUUGUGGCCCAUCCUGCUGCUCCUCUUGGUAGGUGCUGCCCUGGCGGCCCUGUUGCCGUCGGAUGACGACAAAAACAGUGCCGGGGUCCUGGGAAUGCUGCGUCGGGCGGUCGAUUCUAAUGAACCUCCUGCUAGAGGUCACAACGUGGAGGACAAAGAAUCAGGGGAGCCAAAGUUUACUAUCAUCAUCCAAACGUUUAAUCGCACCGACGUUCUGCUUAAACUCCUCAAUCAUUACCAAGCCGUUCCUCAUCUUCAGCGCAUCAUCAUCGUCUGGAACAACGUCAGGGAACAAACGCCUGUAAAGUUGUGGGACUCUUUAGGACCUCACCCGGUGCCUGUUCUCUUUAAGACACAGGACACCAAUCACAUGCGCAACAGACUCCAGCCUUUCCCUGAGAUUGACACUGAAGCUGUUUUGAUGUUGGAUGAUGACACACUAGUCAGUGUUCCUGACAUCAGCUUUGCUUUCUCUGUCUGGCAGCAAUUUCCAGACCAAAUUGUUGGCUUUGUCCCUCGUAAACAUGUGACAGCUGGAGGGGUUUAUAGUUAUGGCAGCUUUGAGCUUCAGGACCUUGAACAAGGAGGAGGGGACCGAUAUUCCAUGGUGUUAAUCGGAGCUGCUUUCUUCCACCGUCGCUACCUCCAAGUCUUCCAAGACCAACCUCAGCCAGUGCGCGACCUGGUGGACGCCACGCAGAACUGUGAUGACAUUGCUAUGAACUUCGCCGUGGCGCUGCAUCUGAGCAAGGUCUCUGGUGGUGCACAGAGACCUUCGGGCGUCUUUGUCAAACCUGUGGAUCUGCGCAACUUGGAAAAGGACACCAGCAGCGGGUACCUGGGGAUGUGGCAUCGCCCAGAACAUCUUCUCCAGAGGUCGUACUGUCUGAACAGACUGGCCGAGAUCUACGGCCUGAUGCCGCUACGCUACUCCAACAUCAUGCUGUCCCAGUUUGGAUUCCCAAGCUAUGCCAACCACAAGAGCAGAGGAUGAAAACCCACUGAGCAAAAUGAUGCAUGUGGCAGUCUGGUGAGUGGCAUACUCCACACUAUCCAUCAGUAGAAGUAGUGUGUGAAAAGCAGUCUCGCCACAACACCAGCUGAAGGAACCACCUGGCCACCUUCGAAACCCCAGCAAGAUGCCUCGCAUCCAAAAUGAGGUUUGUGGUGCUGUCAAGUAAGCUGCCUGAAUAUUAUCACUUUAUUGUCAAAAAACAUAUACAAUAAGCUGAUCUGUAACCAGAAUUUACUGUAAAUUCUUUGUGUAAGACUUGAAUCAUUGUUAUUUUUUAUAUUAAACUGGAAUUCAAUGAAGCAUUUUCUAUAUUUACUUCUUUAAUUGUCUUUGUAAUUUGCUUUUAAAGACACAAACACUAUUGAGUCCGGAUUUUGAGUCUUGAAAUUGUGCGUAAUAUAAGCGAAAUUAGAAUUAUAAAACCGAGACUGAGCAAAGUAAUGUUGUUUCCGUUGUUUGUUGUUGUUGUUAUCGUCCUAGCUGCCACGUGUCUUUAAUUUAAAUUUAAUUUUAGUUGUAUUAAUUAAUCAUAAUAAUGUUGUAAUGAAUUAAUCGUAAUUAACUUGUUAAAAUCCCACCACUAGUUACUACCUAACAUAAAACAAGACUUUAAUUG